CGCCAAGGCACGAUCUCGCGGUAGCCGAGAGAAGCGAACAAACACGAGACCGUCAUGGCGUCGGCGAACGCGAUGAUGACGCAGAACGCCAGGGUCGGCGCGAGACCGAGCGCGGGAUCCGCCGGUUCGCGAUUUUCCACGCCGACGGCGUCGACGAUCGUUCGAUCCGGACACACCCCGUUCCUCGGCGGUCGACGCACCGGGCUCCGCGCGACGCUCCGAAGCGUGAAGCCCAUGCGUCUCGCUAGAGGCGGCGCGCUCCGCGUGGACGCGAAGCACUCGUCCGUCCCGGAAGCGCAGGGCCUGUUCAACCCCGAGAACGACAAGGACGCGUGCGGCGUCGGGUUCGUGGGCGAGCUCACGAAGACGCCCACGAGGCAAAACGUGACCCAGGCGCUAGAAAUGCUCGUCCGCAUGACCCACCGCGGCGCGUGCGGGUGCGAGGAAAACACCGGCGACGGCGCGGGGAUCUUAUCCUCGAUCCCGCACGGCUUCCUGAACGACGUCACGGACUUCGAUCUCCCCGCGCCCGGGGAGUACGGCCUCGGGAUGUUCUAUCUCCCGAAGGACGAUCCCGACGCGAAAGCCGCGUGCGUCGCCGGCGUGGAGAAGGCGUGCGCAGACCUGGGGUUCGACGUCAUCGGCUGGAGAGACGUCCCGGUGGACUCCGCCGGCGCGGACCUGGGCGACAGCGCGAUGUCCACGGAGCCGGACGUCGCGCAGCUCUUCGUGAAGCCCAACGCGGGUUCCGCCGCGGGGAAAGAGAUCGACAUCGAAACCGCGCUCUACGUCCUCCGACGACUCGCGGGCGUCCGCGUGAAGCAAGGCCGCGACGUGAAGCUCACGGAGUACCUCGACGACUUCUACUGCUGCUCGUUCUCGUCGCGAACUGUCGUGUACAAGGGGCAGCUCAAGCCGGACCAGGUGAUGCCGUACUAUCCCGACCUUCAAGACGAGCGAUUCACCGCCUAUCUGUCGCUGGUGCACUCGCGGUUCUCCACGAACACGUUCCCGUCGUGGGACCGCGCGCAGCCGCUUCACAUGAUGGGCCACAACGGCGAGAUUAACACGCUCAAGGGGAACCAGAACUGGAUGCUCGCGCGCGAGGGACUCAUCGACGUCUCGAAGGAGCUCGGGAUCUCGAAAGAGUUACAGGCUGAGAUCGUGCCCACGAUCGAAGGCGGCCUGUCCGACUCUGGCGCGUUCGACGCGGUGCUCGAGCUCCUCGUCCGCGGCGGCGGUCGCUCCCUCGCGGAGUCGAUCAUGAUGAUGAUCCCGGAGGCGUGGCAGAACAACCCGAACAUGGACCCGUCGCGAAGAGCGUUUUACGAGUACAUGUCCGCGAAGAUGGAACCCUGGGACGGCCCCGCGCUCGUGACGUUCACGGACGGGAACCAAGUCGGAGCGACGCUCGACCGCAACGGUCUUCGCCCCGGCCGGUUCUACGUCACCAAGGGCGACGCGCCGCGGAUCGUCAUGGCGUCCGAGGUGGGCGUCGUGGACAUCGACGCGGCGGACGUGGCGCAAAAGGGCCGCCUUCGUCCGGGGAACAUCCUCCUCGUCGACUUCGACAAGGGGACGAUCCUUCAAGACGCGGACAUGAAAGCGCAGAUCGCGGCGAAGAACCCGUACGCGAAGUGGGUGAAGGACGAGGUCAUCGAGCUCGAGGACGUCGUGGCCGCCGCCGGAGAUCUCGCGAAGCCGAAAAUCAACGGCGCCAAGCUCGCGGACGACGGCCUCGUCGGCGCGCUCGGACCGCUCCGAGCCGCGGGGUUCACGCGCGAAGCCCUGGACAUGAUCCUCCUCCCGAUGAUCGCGUCCGGGUCCGAGGCGCUCGGUUCGAUGGGGAACGACGCCCCGCUCGCGGUCAUGUCCGAGAUCCCGAAGCUGACGUUUGAAUACUUCAAGCAGAUGUUCGCGCAGGUCACCAACCCGCCGAUCGACCCGAUUCGCGAAGCCGUCGUGACGUCGCUCGAGUGCAUGGUCGGCCCCGAGGGCGACCUCGUCUCGACGUCCGCGAAGGACGCGCACAGGUUGCGUCUCAAGUCGCCGCUCCUCACGCCCGAGCAGAUGGAAGCCCUGAAGGCGAUGGGGACCACGGAGACGGGGUGGACGUCGAGAGUCCUCGACGCGACGUACGACCUCACCGAAGGCGAAGCCGGCUUGGAGAAGACCCUCGACCUCCUCGCGAAGGAGGCGUCCGCCGCGGUCGCGGACGGCGUCGCGUGCAUCGUCCUGUCCGACCGCGCCGCGGGCCCCGCGCGCGUCGCGGUGUCCUCGCUCCUCUCCGUCGGCGCGGUGCAUCAUCACCUCGUGCGAAAGAUGGAGCGCACGCGCGUCGCGAUUCUUCUCGAAUCCGCCGAGGCGAGGGACGUGCACCACUUUUGCGCGCUCGCGGCGUUCGGCGCGGACGGCGUCUGCCCGUACCUCGCCGUGGACGCCAUCUCGCGUCUGCGCGAGGACAACCUCGUCCCGAACGCGCCCGGGAAGGAGGAGCCCGCGCCGGUGGAGCAACUCGUCGCCAACUACUUCCACGCCGUGGAAUACGGCAUGCUCAAGGUUUUCGCCAAGAUGGGCAUCUCCACGCUCGCGUCGUACAAGGGCGCGCAGAUCUUCGAAGCGCUCGGUCUGAACUCCAAGGUUGUCGCGAAGUGCUUCAAGGGCACGGUGAGCCGCGUCGAGGGCGUCGGGUUCGAGCAGCUCGCGAAGGACGCGAUCGAACUGCACUCGAUGGGGUUCCCGCAACGCGCGAUGACCCCCGAAGGCCGCGCGGAGUCGUCGACGCUGCGCAACUCGGGCGAGUAUCACUGGCGCGGCGACAAGGACGGCGUCCCGACGGAGCGUCAUCUGAACGACCCGGCCGCGAUCGAGGCUUUACAAGCGGCGAGCAGGAACAACUCCCCGGCGGAGUACCGCAAGUACGCAGACAUCACGGACAAGCUCAACAAAGGGUGCAACCUCCGCGGCAUGCUCAAGUUUAAGAGCGACCGCGAGCCCGUGCCGAUCGAGACGGUCGAGCCCGCGAGCGAGAUCGUGAAGCGGUUCUGCACCGGCGCGAUGUCGUACGGUUCGAUCUCCCUGGAAGCGCACGCGACGCUCGCGAGGGCGAUGAACCGGCUCGGCGGCAAGUCGAACACCGGAGAGGGCGGCGAGAACGCCAAGCGUCUCGUCCCGCAGGCGGACGGCUCGAACAACCCGGAGAGGUCCGCGAUCAAGCAGAUCGCGUCCGGGCGCUUCGGCGUCACCGCCUACUACCUCAGCAACAGCGACGAGAUCCAGAUCAAGAUGGCGCAGGGCGCGAAGCCCGGCGAGGGCGGCGAGCUCCCCGGGACGAAGGUCCAGGGCGACAUUGCGGCGACGAGGAUGUCCACCCCCGGCGUCGGCCUCAUGUCGCCGCCGCCGCAUCACGACAUCUACUCCAUCGAAGAUCUCGCGCAGCUGAUCCACGACGCGAAGAACUCGAACCCGUCCGCGCGCGUCAGCGUCAAGCUCGUCUCCGAGAACGGCGUCGGGACGAUCGCCGCGGGCGUUGUCAAGGGCAAAGCCGACCACGUCCUCAUCUCCGGACACGACGGCGGCACUGGCGCGUCGCGGUGGACCGGGAUCAAAUCCGCGGGUCUUCCGUGGGAACUCGGGCUCGCGGAGACGCAGCAGACGCUCGUCGCGAACGACCUCCGCGGCCGCACCGUGCUGCAGACGGACGGCCAGCUCAAGACGGGUCGGGAUCUUCUCGUCGCGACGCUCCUCGGCGCGGAAGAGUGGGGCCUCUCCACCGCGCCGCUCAUGACGAUGGGGUGCAUCAUGAUGCGGAAGUGCCACAAGAACACGUGCCCGGUCGGGAUCGCGACGCAGGACGAGACCCUCCGCGCCAAGUUCAAGGGCGAGGAGGAUCACGUCGUGAACUUCUUCUUCCUCCUCGCGGAGGACCUCCGCGGGCACAUGGCUGCGAUGGGAUACACCUCCGUGGACGAGCUCGUGGGGAGAAGCGACCUGAUGAUUCCGGAUGCGGACGUCAUCAACGCGCGCGGGAAGCUCGCGGGGAUCGACAUCGAGCGCCUCCUCACGCCGUCCGCGAGCAUCCGCCCGGGCGCGGCGGUGCGCAACGUCGGCAAGCAAGACCACGGCCUCGAGUUCGCGCUCGAUAACGCGCUCAUCGCGGCGGCGGAGCCCGCGAUCAAGUCUGGCGAGAAGGUGGUCUACGAGGGCAAGAUUGAAAACGUGAACCGCACGGUGGGGACGAUGCUGUCGCACGAGAUCACGAAGAAGUACGCCGCAGAGGGCUUGCCCACGGGCACGAUCACGGUGAAGCUGAACGGCAGCGCGGGGCAGUCCCUCGGCGCGUUCACGUGCAAGGGCGUCACCAUCGAGGUCACCGGCGACGCGAACGACUACGUCGGCAAGGGCCUCAGCGGCGGCGAAAUCGUCGUCCGCCCGCCCGCCGACGCGACGUUCGACACGCGCAGCUCGAUCAUCAUCGGGAACGUCGCGCUGUACGGCGCGACCGCGGGGAAGGCGUUCUUCCGCGGCAUCGCCGCGGAGCGUUUCUGCGUCCGCAACUCUGGCGCGCACGCCGUCGUCGAGGGCGUCGGCGACCACGGCUGCGAGUACAUGACGGGCGGCGUCGUGUGCAUCCUCGGCUCCACCGGGAGGAACUUCGCGGCGGGGAUGUCCGGCGGCAUCGCGUACGUGUACGACCCGGAGGGGGCGUUCCCGGCGAACUGCAACAGGUCCGAGGUUGACCUCUACGCGAUCGAGAACGACGAGGACGAGGCGCUCGUGCACGGGCUCAUCGCGGAGCACAAGGAGCGCACGGAUUCGGACGUCGCCGCGGAAAUUCUAGGCGACUGGUUCAACGCGAAGAAGAAGUUCGUCAAGGUGUACCCGCGCGAUUACAAAAAGGUCAUCGAAGCGCAAAAGGCGAAGGAGCAGAACGACGCGGACGCCAAGGCGCUCAAGGAGAAGGACGCGUUCGAGGCGCUCAAGGCGAUCUCUUCGCUCGCGGACAAGGAGUCCAACGUCGUGACCCGCCCGACGCGCCUGACGUCGCCGAAGAAGAUUCGCGGCUUCGUCGAGUACGAGCGCGAGCCUCUCGGCUACCGCGACGCGACGGAACGCCUCAAGGACUGGAAGGAAGUCAUGAAGCACGAGUCCUCGGACGUGACCCACGACCUCCUCGCGACGCAGAGCGCGCGAUGCAUGGACUGCGGGACGCCGUACUGCCACCAGACCGGCAGCGGGUGCCCCCUCGGCAACAAGAUCCCGGAGUGGAACGAGCUCGUGCACCAGGGCAGGUGGCGCGACGCGCUGGACCGUCUCCACGAGACGAACAACUUCCCCGAGUUCACCGGCCGCGUGUGCCCGGCGCCGUGCGAGGGGUCGUGCACGCUGGGGAUCAUCGAGAACCCGGUCACGAUCAAGUCCAUGGAGUGCACGAUCAUCGACCGCGGGUUCGAGGAGGGAUGGAUCGUCCCCACGCCGCCGGCGACGCGCACGGGGAAGAAGGUGGCCGUAAUCGGCUCGGGUCCCGCGGGUCUCGCCGCCGCGGACCAGCUCAACAAAGCCGGGCACGCCGUCACCGUGUACGAGCGCUCCGACCGCGUCGGCGGCCUCAUGAUGUACGGCGUUCCGAACAUGAAAGCGGACAAGGAAGAGAUUGUGCAGCGCCGCGUGGACAUCCUCGCCGCGGAGGGGAUCGAGUUCGUGACCAACGCGCACAUCGGCGCGGAGGGGCACCCGUCCAUCGCGGACAUCAAGGACGCGACGGAUGCCGUCGUCCUCGCGUGCGGCGCGACUAAGCCGCGCGACCUCCCCGUGGAGGGGCGCGACCUCGAGGGCGUGCACUUCGCGAUGGAGUUCCUCCACGCGAACACGAAGUCGCUUUUGGAUUCGAACCUCGAGGACGGCAACUACAUCGACGCGAAGGAGAAGAACGUCAUCGUCAUCGGCGGCGGCGACACCGGGACGGAUUGCAUCGGCACGUCGCUCAGGCACGGGUGCGAGAGCGUGACGAACUUCGAGCUCAUGACGCAGCCGCCGGCGACGCGCGCGCCCGGGAACGAGUGGCCGCAGUGGCCGCGCAUCUUCCGCGUCGACUACGGCCACGAGGAAGCCACCGUGAGAGACGGGAAAGAUCCGCGCACGUACGAGGUGCUCACGAAGGCGUUCAUCCCCUCCGAAGACGGGAAGCGCAUCGGCGGCGUGAAAACCGUCGGCGUGGAGUGGAGCAAAGACCCGGCGACGGGGCGGAUGAACUUCGAGGAAGUCCCCGGGAGCGAGAAGGUGUGGAAAGCGGACUUGGUCCUCCUCGCGAUGGGGUUCUUAGGGCCGGAGCAAAACCUCGCGGAGAAGCUCGGGUUGGACGUGGACGACCGCUCCAACUUCAAGGCGGAGUUUGGCGAGUUUGAGACGUCCGUCCCCGGCGUCUUCGCCGCGGGGGACUGCCGCCGCGGGCAGUCGCUCGUGGUCUGGGCCAUCUCCGAAGGCCGAGGCGCCGCCGCGAAGGUUGACCGGUUCCUCAUGGGCGAGUCCGCGACGUUAGCGGACAAGGACGCGUCGUCGGACGGCGCCGCGAGGAAGGAGGCGCCAACGCCGGCGAGGUGAGCAGAGGUGCGCGGAGGGGAGGUGGAAAUAAAACCUCUCUUCACGUCGAAGACGAAACGUCCAGAGUGAGGAGUUGUACACGUACACUUGUUCUGUUCCAUCACAUUUUUCUUGUUUAAUAUGAUAAAAACGAACUACCUU